AUAUAGUUUAGCCCGUAAAAUAGACAAUUUUUUAUUUUUGGCCUUUGUAAUUUUUUUAUCCUUACAAAAUUUUUUAGUUUGAAAAUAGUUAUUAGUACUUAUUAGCUAAGAUUUUUGAUAGAAGUACAAGGAUUUUUGAAACCAUGGUGGCCUCGACUUCCCCGGACUUGUUGAAGAAUACGCCAUCUAAUAUAAGGAGGCUAGCAGAUGAGAUUGAGCAGUGCGAGGGUAGGAAGAAGUACCUUGCUCAGACAGCAAGUCCAUCCGACGGCGGUGAUGUCAGGUGGUACUUCUGCAAGGUUUCUUUAGCAUUAAAUGAACAUGCUGCUGCUGUUCCUCGCACACCAAUAGUUGGGCACGGUGAUUAUUUUAGAUUUGGCAUGAGAGAUUCUCUAGCUAUUGAAGCUUCAUUUUUGCAGAGCGAAGAAGAGUUGCUGUCUUCAUGGUGGAGAGAGUAUGCAGAGUGUAGUGAAGGCCCAAGCAAACAGCCUAGUAAACUAAGUUCAAUGUUAAUCGAAUCUUUUCUCGAGAACUCUGAGUCGACAAAACUAUAUGCAACAGAAGAAGAGAGAGUGGGUGUUCCAGUAAAGGGUGGUUUGUAUGAGGUAGAUUUGGCAAACAGACACUGUUUUCCUGUGUACUGGAAUGGAGAAAACCGGCGUGUAUUGAGAGGUCAUUGGUUUGCGUGCAAGGGAGGUCUUGAUUGGCUUCCGCUCCGGGAAGAUUUUGCUGAGCAAUUGGAGUAUGCAUACCGCUGUAAGGUUUGGCACCGCAGAAGCUUUCAACCAUCUGGACUCUAUGCGGCUCGAGUUGAUCUUCAAGGCUUUUCUCCAGGAUUACAUGCCCUCUUUACAGGAGAAGAUGAUACAUGGGAAGGGUGGCUGAAUUUUGAUGCAUCUGGUUUAUCAAGCAUUUUUCGUUUUGGAGGGAAAAACAUCAAGUUAAGACGUGGAUAUGCCCCAUCACAGUCUAUGAAACCCACCCAAGAUGAGUUACGUCAGAAGAGGGAGGAGGAAAUGGAUGAUUAUUGUUCACAGGUACCAGUUCGUCAUUUAGUAUUUAUGGUGCAUGGGAUUGGGCAGAGGCUGGAGAAAUCUAACCUUGUGGAUGAUGUUGGAGAUUUCCGUCAUGUUACAGCAAGCCUUGCUGAAAGGCACUUAAGUUUAUACCAACUUAGCAAACAACGAGUCAUCUAUAUUCCAUGUCAAUGGAGAAAAGGCUUAAAACUAAGUAGUGAGGGUGCAGUGGAAAAGUGCACAUUAGAUGGCGUCCGUGGGUUUCGUACAAUGUUGAGUGCAACAGUACACGAUGUAUUAUACUAUAUGAGCCCCAUAUACUGCCAGGCUAUCAUUGACUCGGUUUCCAACCAAUUAAAUAGGUUGUAUUUAAAGUUCAUCAAGAGGAAUCCUGGCUACGAUGGAAAGGUUUCCAUUUAUGGUCAUUCACUUGGGAGUGUUCUAUCAUAUGAUAUUUUGUGCCACCAAAAGAUAUUGUCGUCUCCAUUUCCUAUGGAGUGGAUGUACAAGGAAGAAAAUGAGAAGAAACCGUCAUGGCACAACACAAGCAUAGUAUCUCUGGAACAGAAUGCUGCGUCAUUGAAUGAUGAUUGUCUUUCUAGUGGCAGAAGCAAGCACAUUGUGAAUAUUCUUAACAAUGAUAAUGCCAAUGUAGAUCAAUGUUCUUCAGAACUAGUGGAAGAUAGUUCUGAAUUCAUUUGUCAUUCAAUCACUCCACUUGCAUUGUCAGAGUCAGAUGAAGCUGAUGUCAGCAAUUUUAGUAACAAGCUACCUAGUGAUGGGAUUGAUUUAGGCUCCAUUGAACGAGGCACGACUUGUGAUGCUCAGUUAGCAGAAUGCAGAGUUACUGGGUCUGAUCUAUCAAAAAUUGGAGGCACAGAAAGUGAUAAAGAAAAAACAAUCAGAUCACUGAGGGAAGAGAUUGAUUUGCUAACAGCCAAAAUCAGAGAAUUAGAAUGUCAGCGUGUUCUCCAAGGGAAUGAUGAGAGCAAAACAGAUAAAAUGAAUCCAUAUACACCUGCAAAUGCAAAUGUGUUGUCAGAGCGAUGUGAUUUACAUAAGAAUUUUACUCCUCACAUAAAAUACACGAAGUUGGCAUUCAAGGUUGAUACAUUUUUUGCCGUCGGUUCCCCUCUUGGAGUUUUUCUCUCUCUCCGCAAUGUUCGCAUUGGAAUUGGCCAAGGGCAAACUUAUUGGGAAGAAGAAAAUAUUAAUGAAGAGAUGCCAGCUUGUAGACAAAUGUUCAACAUAUUUCACCCUUUUGAUCCUGUGGCAUAUAGAAUAGAACCACUUGUUUGUAAAGAAUAUGUGAACAAACGACCAAUCAUUAUUCCUUACCAUAGAGGUGGGAAGCGACUUCAUAUUCAAUUUCAGGAAUUUACUGAAGGAGUGGCUUCAAGAUCACAUGCUCUUUUGAAUCAUAUAAGCUCUGCAGGGGUGAGAAAAAUUUGAAUUUCAUUCACUAUUAAUUCAGUACUUCCUAGCUAUUUCAUCGUUUGCACAGCUCAACAGUACAUAUUAGUAAGCUCAACUGGGUUACUUGCAAUAAAUACUGAAUGAACUUCGCUCGAUAUAAAAGAAAUAGUUUUUAGGAUAAUGAGGAGGGGUUCUGCUUUCAAAUGAACACAAUUUCCUGGUAAAGAGUAUGAUAUUCAUGUUGUGUAAAAGGCAGGGGGGAAAUUCUAAAUGAGUGAGGAAAAGAUGUAAAUUCAUAAUUGUUGGUUACUUGGAUUCAGCAGACCUAUUGGUUGAGUAUAGUACACCUUAUCUAGCAUAAAAUCAUCACAUACUUAGUACCCCUCCAGCAUGUAAAAGCAUCAUGCACACACAACAUGCCACAAAUACAUAAUCCACAUAGGGAAAUGAUGCAAGAAAGUGGGUCAAUAAAGGGGGCAACAGCCAAGAUAAUAUCACUAUCCUCAGUUCGCAGGAAUCGCAGCGCAAUGCAACUCAGCUCCCCACAUAUGCUUAAAUAAUGAUGUAAAAUUAACUAUACUUUUGGUGUCUUGAUUGAAUGUGGUGCAAUCUAUUGCCAAUUCUGUUAGUCCAGGUAAAUUUUUUGAGUUCGAUUGCUGUAGUCGUGCAUAUCUUGCAUUCUCUCUGUCCCACACUCCCACUAUUUUCGGGACAUGAGGGAGUGGCACAAGAUUUAAGAAAAGUAGGAUUAUGGG